AUGCCACAAUUAAACCCCUACCCUUGAUUCGCUAUUCUUGCUUUCACAUGAUUAGUUCUUACAACGAUCCUUCCCCCUAAAGUCUUAGCUCACAAGUUCACUAAUGAACCUAACGCACAAGCCACUAAAACCCCUAAAACACUUCCUUGAAACUGACAAUGGCACUAA